UUUUUCAAAGUCGUUUUUUGUGGUCGCCGGCUGGGAUCCAUUCCGUUGUCCUGGGUGAAAGGCAGAACGCAGGAUCCUCUUCGCGAAAGUCAUAUUCUUGAUCGUACUGAUGGUGAGUUGACGCUGCUCUUAUGUUCAGUAGUUCUUCUCGACUGUAUGUAAUGAAACCUAAGAUGACCUGGGGUACCAAUGUAAGAAAUAACACGUAAAAAAACAAAAAACUGCAUAGUUUCCUAGGAACGCGAAGUGAGGCGGCCAUCUCUGUCGGCGCCGGCAGAGCUAGUCAGUUAGAUUAGUAGUAGUGGUGACAGGUGACAGAGCAGGUGUGUUGUCAGGGGACUCAUCUGUCGUCAGAACCAUCGAUGUGCCAACUUCUGUUUAUAGCGUCCGAACCGGUUUGGCUACAAACUCCUCUGAUCUCACAAUGGAAAGGGGAGAUUCUCACGAACACGAUGGUGUUCUCCAUGUGAAGAUAGUGUUGUGCCUAACCCCAAAAAGAGAUUGAAUACUGGAUGUGUAAAAAAUAUUUGUUAUGUCAUAUUUAGGCAAUGUACCCUACAUAGAGAGCUGUCCUGUCAAACUUUGUACUGCUUAUGAAGACUGUAUGUAUGCUAUAUAAAGCCUUUAUAAGUUGUAUUUAGUUUAAUCACAGUCUAUCCUUCUGCUUUACCAAAUCCAGAGACCAUGGUGGAGAGUGUUGUAUCAAGCCUGGACCUGAGGACACCAGAGACCAUGGAGGAGAGAGUUCGAUCAAACCUGGACCUGAGGACACCAGAGACCAUGGAGGAGAGUGUUGGAUCAAGCCUGGACCUGAGGACACCAGAGACCAUGGUGGAGAGAGUUGGAUCAAGCCUGGACCUGAGAAAUGGAUUCCUCAGAGCUGUAAGACUUGUGACCAUGUUGAGGACUCCACACACUGGCUUCAGAUUGAACCCUUGACUUCCACUGUCCAGGGAGUGACAAUGUUCAGACACAGGACACCCAAAGGGAGUUAUGAGUGCACAGUGUCUGGCUCCGCUGGCUGUGUGAGAGAGAUGUCAUUCUGAAGUAUCACUUCAGGAACUGGGAACCCUACAGUCAACUUCUGAAAGACAUGCAAUACACACAAGGUGGUCAAUUGCUGGACAUCACUAUGGAGUUAGGUGAACUGGAGGAAGUUCAUCUGCCACACUUUGUCUGUUUAGGGACCAACCCUUCCCUGAGGAAUGAGAUGAAGAUUCUUCAUGUAGAGGAACAUGGAGUGUCUUUAGAGGAAGUGCAUGAGGUCACCAGAUUCCAUGUUAAGAUUCUCCAUCCCAAGUUCUCAGCUAUUGCUGUUAUACUGAGCUAUAUAUUUUCUUGGAUCGUAGAUGUCCACUGUGAUGUGGUCCUCUAUAUGGCAGUAAAAAAGUCAACAAUAAUUUCAAGGCUGUACCUGCUCCUCAGAAACUCCAGUCAGAAAGAGGUCGUUGCUGUGAAAGAGAAUCUCUUCUCGGUCAACUUAUCUGAUAAAAUAAUGGCUGUUCGGGAACGGGAGAAAGAUCAGGUGUCCCAAGGAUAUUCAGAAUUUCUCCUGCCAAGUCCAAACGGGCCCUUAAAGAUGAACACUUGGUUUGCACUCAAGAAUCCCCUCUCCACUUCCAUCUAUCCAGAGAAGAUUCAGCUGUUACCUGCAAACACCACACCAAGCUGUUGUAAGAUGAUAAUGGGAAACACAGGGGUUGACAUUGAGAUGGAGUUAAUCGGGGACGAUGAGAGGACAGUAUGGAAAUCAGUGGUAUCAAAAGAUGAAUACAGCAAAGACUCUCAUCCAACACCAUUAACACUCCCUGGGAUUCCUGCUGAGGAGUUUCUGAAGAAACACAGGGCUGUACUCAUUCAGGGAGUCAAAAACCCAAUGCCAAUAGCAGAUGAUCUGUCAUCAAAGAGCAUGAUUGGUGAUGAAGAGUGGCCAGAAUAACAGCUGA